UUUAGAUUUCGAUCUCAAUAGACACCAAAGAUAACAGCAAAUGAAAAAAAUUAUUACAUUUUUUGCGGUCCAGCUAUGGUUGUGAACAUUUGGUUAUUCUGUUUCACGUGGACGAAGUCACACGGCGAACUAUGCCGUGGGAAUCUAGCUUGAGUUGUGUACCAGUGCUUUAUAAAAAUAAAACUCCAAACAAAUUGCUGAUAUUAUAUAAUUAUUUGUACUGUCUUGAAACAAUUGCAAUUAUAGUGAUGUCAAACUUAUCUUUGUUUGUUUAUAUCUUUUAUAUUUACAGAGAAAACGUUUCACUACAGAACAACAUUUUCCAGCAACGUCACAACAAAGAUCAAUUAACAAGUAAAGCCUGCUUUUGGAAAUGAAGUGGAUAAUUCGUACGCUGUUAAUGGUUUUUUACAAUCUAAUCUUUGUUAACCCAGCUAACCCAAAGGUGGUUGAAGUAACAGAAGCCGAAGGUGAAAUAACCUCUCCUUCUUUUUCGAUAUGCUACAACGGCUUUUUCAUGCAAACUUGGAAAUUUAGUUUUUCAGCUGACUCUGCUCUCUUCAUUCAAUUCAUCAACUUUAAUAUUACAAGAUGUGAUGAAGCUACACUCGUAGUAGACAGCUUUUCGCGCUCAGUUUACUGUGAAGACGAAUCACCUCCUACCAUCUUCGUUACGGAUACAACCGAAGUCACGUUUACUUCGCAAACACCGCAGCAUUGUUCUGGUGUGUUCCACUUGAUAUAUAAAAUUAUAAGGCUUACAGUCACCGUUUUGACACCUUAUUUCCACCGGCGUGUCGGAAGUGAGAUAAGUUUUCUUGUUGACGUAAAACAUCUUCCCCAUUACAACCUUCAAUUAAAAUGUUCACUUAUUUGCAAUAAGAAAAUGGUAAAGCUCGCCAAUACGACCGAAAUUGUGCGAUUUAUGUUCAGUGUUCCUGGAAGUGUUCAAUUUACCGGUGAAUGUGAAACAGCUUUAUCCAGAUUAAAAAUCGAAAAACUCGGUGAGCUUCAUUUGGAAAACCAACUAUCACAGAACGACCUAGAAGUGAAAUACAGUCAGCAAAAUAAGAUGAACUAUGGGUCAAAUGAUGUAGUGAUAUCACACAUCUACUUAUACCCUAUUUCAUACUCCGUAAGUAUUGGGAAUUCUUCGGUUGCAAUGUCCCUUCCUCCAAAACCAUUUGACCUAUCAAAAUACACAAGUCAUUCAAAAGAAGAAGCAAUAUUUCAAUUACAACCACAACAAGUUACCUCACUUGGACCAGGUCAGCACGAUUUUCACCUCGUCUUACAAAACAACGUUUCUUACGUUACAUACAACUUUCCAAUUUAUAUCAACGAAAAACUUGGCACAUUGAAUGUAACAUCGAUUAAUGGUCGGUAUGUUGGAAUAUAUCCGCAUUUGUUUCCUGUUCAGAUAACUCUUACCAAAGGCGCCCCUGCCAAUAUAACACUCAGUAUCCGUGAAAUCACUAACGGUAAAUUGAUUCCAAGUGAAAACGUUACAAUAUCAUGUCUUUCAACUAUUUCUUGUCAGCGUAUUCAAAUCAGUAUGAAGCCACCGCAUUAUACAAAGCAGUUUCGAGUUGCUGCAAUCGCAAAGAAUGAUAUUUCUUUUAUUGAAGGAAUAUCUGAAGUUAUUGAAUCAGUGACUAAAAUUUAUGAUGUUUAUUUUGAUUCAAGGAGAGUUUUUGGUGGAAUGAGCUCUAUUUUGCAUAUUUAUGUGAAAGGAGACGUGGGCAACUAUGAUCUCAAGUUGUUUAUUAAUGGAACGUUAGAAAUCAACACACCGCUUGUUAUUCAGAACAAAACUAUUGUUGCAGUUUUGUCAGAUGACAUACCCAUCAACGUUCGCCAAUAUACAAAAUUCGUAUUUGAUCACACAUUCCAAACAUACGGAAUGUAUGCAAUUCUAGCCAUGGUGUCCAACGAAAAGGAAAGUUACAACUUCACCGAUAACUUAUUGCUCCUGCAAAAGCCAUCAUGUCUUUCCAAAGCAAGAAUUCGUACUCUCUCCAAAACCGUUAUUUCGGUUCCUGAACGCGGUUUAACGUUAAGUGUCGAUGUGGAUUUUCACUGUUAUGAUAGUUCUAGUGUAAAAUUCCGAUGGUCUGCUUUUACAACAGACGAGAACUUUGAAACGCCCAAGUCUAAAAACGAAGUGGAUUUUCUAAAAAGUUCUACAGGCAGUGAAAUUGAAAUCAAACGGAAUGAUUUUCCACCUGGCUUAUACAUUAUUAUGGUUGUGGCGACCGCAAGUACAGGGACAAAUCACCAGAUAACAGCCGAGGAAAAAGAUUACGUUCGAAUGGAAGUUCCCACGAGAAAAAUGGAGGUCGUUAUCGCUGGAGGGAGUAUCAGAGAAUUCGGUAAUUCUUCCGUGGUGCACUUUAACGCAAGUAUCUCGAUGCAAAACCUCACCGCAACUUUUAAUUGGUUUUGUGCUAAACGUAAAGAGGAUUUGCCAGUAGAUGCGGCACUUGGAAGGCUGAAACGAAAAGGGUCCUGUUUCGGUUGGAAACCUCUUUUAAUUGGGGAAAACAGAUCCAUUUCGAUAAAUAACUUCGAAUCCGAUGAACAAUAUUUCAUACGUAUCAUCGUAACAGCAAAAGGUUACGCAGAUUCCUACGCUGACCAAGAUAUAAUUCUUUCUUCGGAGGCAAAACCAAACUUAUCAGUGAAAUGCAUUGCAAACUGUAAGAUGAUUAAAUCGCCUCAUCUUCCCAUUAUUUUGCAAUCACAAUGCACUUCUUGUGCCUCCCAAUUAUGGUCUAUAAACGGAUUAGUGUUGGGACGUUGUGAGAAUAAAACUAGGUGCAAAGUCGUGCAAUCCGAACUGCUUCAGUUACAGGGAAAUCGAAACCAUUCUUUAUUAGUAAAAGGUUUUAAUACGGAAGGAAAUGCAACCGCAGUUGUUUUCACUUUUCAAAUUUCUUCCAAACCAAGCGGAACUACAUGUCGGAUUUCGCCUUUCUCAGGAACCGCUUACAAAACACUGUUUUCUAUACAUUGCAACAAUUUUCGCAACCAGUAUUCUUCAAUCAUGUACAAGUUUUCUAUUUUAACAAAAGGUACUGGAAAAUAUUUAUGUCAAUACGGCUACACGAACCAAAUGAACGAUUUCAUUCUGCCACCUGGUGACGAACCUAAAAAUGCAGUCCGCAUAAUAAUCGAUGUUUGCUCCGAAGAAGGGACUUGCAGUCAACAAAUAUUAAAAGCAAGAGUUACAACUGAUCAUCAGAUAUCAGAAGUCAUUAGUAAAAAUAUAAACUUUGCUUUAAAUGCGAAGAACCUUCAAAGAAUCACUCAACUGAUUGUUCCCGUUUCUUCAGAAAAUUCAUUUUCUCAGUUGCAGAAAAACCAAGUCAUUCAAAGUCUAAAUGGAGUUGAUUUGGUGUCAAGUGAAUCUCACGAACAAGCGAGUGAACUUUUAAGUCACGUGACUAGCAAACCGGAAGGUAUUUCCGACAAAAACGAGGAAACAGUUUGGGGAAAACUAACUGAAAUAAAAAGAUUCAUUAAAAAAGAAUCGGGAAACGACGAUCAAGUCAACACUACAAUAACAAUUGAACCGUGUUUAAAAACUGUUGCGAAUCUAAUGAAAUUGAGGCACUCUCAGCAUACAAAGCGCGAUGGUACGAUACGGAUGAGUGAAUUUAGUCAGCUAUUGGUGGACGGCAUAUUGCCCGGGGAUUCCCCUAUGACGUAUGAAAGUGCAGCGUCAAGAACAAAACUGUUAAGAACAGACCGUGAUACUAUUGGUGGAUUAAUGGAUAAUACUUCAGAGUUUUAUUUGCAAACUAUUUCACCAAUGAGCUAUGACGAUGUUAUUAACCUUGAGGUAUCUCAAUAUAAAACAAAACAAAUCAAUUUCGACACUGAAGAUAAAAAAGUCGAUCAUGUCACCUCUGUAUUCAUGACAACGGGUUGGUUGGACCAACACCCGGUGCCCUUGGAAAAGUUGUACCGCCUUCCACCAAGAUUCACCGUUUCUCCAAAGCCAAAAGCAUCUAGCGUUCGUAUGCAGCCAACCCCGUCUUGUAAUUUCACAUUGUGCAGUCUCUAUGCCACGGCAACUCUGGAGAAGCCUGUUACCAGUGAAUACUUGAAUGGUGCUUUUAUAAUUAUCGAAGUAAAUAUUACGGGUGCUAAUAUCGCGAACUUACAACUGCAGCUAUCUGCAAAAAGUAACAACACUGAUUUCAAUACUGCAGUUUCUUCAAUAGACCGCAAAUACGUUUGGAAAAUUCCGUUCGGCAGUCUUCCCUCAAAUAUUAAAGAAUUUGAGAUCAAAGUUUUAUCACAACUGAAAAGUUGGACAGGGGAAAGAAUAGUUAACGCCACUGUGUUGACAUACUUAAUAAACUGUAUGUAUUGGGACGAUGAUAUGAACAACUGGAACAACAUUGGAUGCUACCCGAACACAGAUCACCCGGUUGUAGCUUGUGAAUGCGACCAUUUUCCAAUUACAAGUUUGGGAAGGAGUUCUGCUGAUUCCAGCCAUGUUCCAACUUUGUUUGCUUCAAGGCUCAUUGUUUAUCCAAAUAAAAUAGAUUACGACAAGUUGUCGUGGAACUUAUGGAAAGAGUUCUUGAAAAAUCCAGUUAUAUUUUGUAUCCUAUUUUUUCUGUACUCUUCUUACCUUGGGUUGUGGUUUUGGGCGGAAAAGGCAGACAAGGGGAGCGACAAGGAAAAAUGUUCAUACGUGGAAGUUCGCGACAAUUGUCCCUCGGAUAACUACUGUUAUUACGUCACAAUGUACGUUGGAAGUGGUCUGUCAUCCGGUACCGAAUGUACUGUCGCUAUUAUGUUGGUUGGGACUCACGGACACGGAAACGCCCAUAUUAUCCAAAACUGGAAUGAAGAAAUUUUUAACUCUGGAAGUGUUAAUUCGUUUUUGAUUACCACUUCAAGAAGUUUGGGUAAUGUUAUUGGAAUUCGAGUGUGGUGCACUGAAAGACGAAACGAAACAAGAUGGUAUCUGCAAAGGAUUGCCGUUCGCGAUUUAGAAACCAACGAGUGUUGCUUUUUUCUCUGCAAUGCUGGGAUUGCAAACGAUUCUCAUACGUAUUUUAAAGUUGCCACUUACCGAGAGCUGCAUACGUUUUACAGGUUGUUGCGAUUUAAAAGCGAAAACUACAUACGAGACAGGCACCUUUGGACAUCUAUGUUCACGAUGCGACCUUGGCAAGGAGAUGAAAUAUCAAGAGUAGAAAGACUGUCAUCAUGCUACCAACUCAUAUUUCUAAUCUUGCUGACAACACUGAUGUUUUAUGGAAGCAGUGCGUCGCAAUAUGCUUUCGAAGUAGUAAUCGGUUCUUACACAUUAAAAUGGUCACAAGUUGCCAUCGGUCUUGAAGUAGGUGUACUUUGCUUUCCAUUGACGCUUGUGGUAACUUCAUUCUUCCGUUUGUGCCAACAAAACAAGAAGGAAUCUCGUCACGACAUCGUCGACUCUUCAAGAAGUUUCAUGUUAAAAGAGUUAAAACACGAUGAAGAGUUUUCCCCACUCGAUCGUAAACGUGAAAAACGUCAUCAUUCCGGAAAUAAACAUCAACGUUCAAGUACACGUCAUCCUUCCAAGAGAUAUCUAAAACCCCACACUUCACAGACCAGUGUUGACAAAUUGAAACGUAAAAGAGAUCGAGAAAGACGGAAGCGACAUAGGGAAAAACGAAUGACCGAUAGCAGUAAUACAAAACACCGAACGUUAAAAUCGUCGGAUCAAAUACCUUCUACCUCGAAACAUACCGGCAAUGAACCGCUUGACCAGAUCGUAAUAGAAUCCGUAGAACCAUCUAUGCGAGAGAAGAGUGUUAAAGUGAAAAACAAGAAGCAACUUAUAAAAUCCACACCACGUAAACCGAGUUCACAAUCACAGUCUUAUGGAUACAGAGAGGAAUUCUUCCAUCUCAAGCCCUCGGCUGGGCAAUACGUCUACAUGGCUGGCGGAACUACGACUCCAUCCAAUUAUAUUCGCCAUCCAAUAGUUGAUAUUGAUCCUUACUCUGGAAAUUUUCGACCUUUACCACGUUUCUUCACAAUCUUCCCUUGGUUGAUCAUCUCAUUAACAGUGGUCGUAUCAAGUGUUGUAUGCGUCAUGUAUGGAAUGACGUACGGUCUGGAUAUUACUUUGGAAUGGUUGUUUUCGCUUUCCAUCGCCAUCCUUAACAGCUUCAUACUUAUUGAACCAAUCAAGGCAUUGGUGCUUGCGUACUUGAAAGUUGUGAAUAAUCCACGGCACGACCUCAAAGAUUGGUUGACGCCCAUCUCAGAAAAAGUUAUCAAGCGUCGGCGAUGAAUUGAGGAAAUACCUUCAACCGUGAAACAUCACAAUUUUAAUUUAAUGUAGAAUUAAAAUUACGAUUAAAUUUG